AUGCGUUCCUUCAAUUACCUUUUCUUCAUCGGAAAUGUUGUGACAGGCAGUUAUUUGGCUAUCAUUCAGGACACUGGUGGCGAGAACAACUGUAGAGUGUGGUCUCAGAAUAACCACGGCUGUACCGGCUACUCAGCAACCUUUGCUAAGCUGAAAGGCAAAGAUUGUUCGAGUUUCACUGGUGCCGGUUCCGACGAUAAGUCGGUGAAAAUUGAUAUAUGUGGCACUGAAAAUGGAGAGCAGGUCGCCUGGGUGACAGUGAACAAAAACGGCACCGUGGCUUUCCACAACCGAGAGGGAGAUACUUCUAGUUACGACCACGCCGAUCUUUACGGGCAGUCAGACCUCGUUCUCAACUACAAUCGACAUGUCCGCUUCUGA